CCGGUUUAAAUGUCACUAAUUUAAUUUGAGGUUAUGUUCCAAUUCAACUAAAAAAAUUUGUGGGGCGGUGUAUUUUCGUUAAUUACGUGCAAUUAAGCAUGAUCUACUGAACGUUUAACGAAUUAAAAUCGCGAAAAUGGCUCUCUCCGAAGUGGACAAACUGCAGCAACACCUCGCGCUGCUAAAGCAGGAAUACGCAAAGUUGCAAGACAAGUACAACGAGAUCACCGGAAAGUACAGCGUCUUAGCAUCGUCCGGCACGAACGAGAACUCGUUCGCCGCCUCCCUACUGCAACUAGUCGGCGGUUUGUACAAUUCGGAAACCUACAGCGACAUCAAAAUUAAACUGUCGGAUCGCACCCUGAACGCUCACAAGUUGGUCCUCAGCGCGAGAUCGGCGAAAUGGGGCAAGGAACUGCUCGCGAACAAGGAGCUGCUCGAUUGGUCCGAUAUGAAUAACGACGUGGGCGAGGCCGUGCUCGUCUGGCUUUACACCGACAAGAUCAAGCUGAGCUCGGACGACGUAACCCUCAAAGUGAUACAGGUCGCACACGAGUUUAAACUGCUAGAUCUGCUCGCGGCGUGCGAGCACGCCUUGAUCUCGAACGUUAACGUCCGAACAUGUGUGAAAUUCUACUCGGUCGCCGAGGAGAUUAAUGCGAACAACUUGCGCGAGUACUGCUCGUCGCUGAUAUCGACGCAUUGGGACGACCUGAACUCGUCCGAUUUCGAGCACAUGUCCGGGCCGCUGCUGUACAACAUGCUCAAGAGUAAAACGCAGCUGCCUCUGCACGCGGCGGUGCGGCUGCAACGCGAGGACGUCGUCUUUCUGUGUCUAGUCGAGAAUUCGUCCAGGCUGUCGGACAUUGUCAACGUGUGGGGCCCGAACGGAGAUCUGCCCCUCGACAUCGCCUUGCGCUGCAACAACUCGAGCAUAGCGACGACGUUAAUUCAGCACAACGCCGAUAUCAACAUACGCGACAUGCAAGGGGAGACGCUGCUUCAUCGCGCGAUAAAACGCGACGAUUCCUUUUCCGCGCUGUACCUACUCGAGAGCAACUGCGACGCGACCCUUACGACGCGGAACGAGAACGACUCGGCGCUCCACCUGCUGGCCGGAAGUAGCGGAAUUGAGGAUUCGAUUAAGUUGGCCGAGAAACUGGUCAAUAAAAACGUCGGGGUCAACUCGCAGAAUCGUCAGGGACUCACCGCCCUGCACAUCGCUAUAAUGGCGAACAACGAACCCAUCUUCAGCCUACUUCUGGCCCAGCCCAACCUCGAGAUCAACCUAAAGAGUGCCGAAGAACACAGCCCGCUUUACUUCGCCCUGCUGAAAUACGAGGCGGGCGACACGGACGAGCACAGCUACGUCUCGCAGCUACUGUCAAAGAGAGACAUUCAAACCAACCCCGUCUACUCGCAAACCUGCAACAGCCUCCUGCAGACGCUCAUCUUGGCGGAGGCGCGCAACGCCGCCCUAUUCAUAAGCGACCACAUCCAAAACCUCAGCCACGUAAACAUCGACGGCGAGACCGCCCUGCACACCGCGUGCGUCAAAAAAUGCGGCACGCUCGUCGAAAAACUGCUCGCCCUCGGCGCCUCGCCGAACGUCCUCACCAACGAGCUGCGCCAGACUCCGCUGCACUACGCCGUCUUGAGCGACUCGAAGAGCUGCAUUCAGGAGUUCAUCGACUACAACCGAAAGUUGGAAUCGCUCGAUCCGACCGAGAGCAAUAAAAUACCCGCCAACUUUAACCUGAAAGAUAUCGACGGCGAGACGCCGCUAAGCCUCGCGCUUAACGAGGGUUACAACGAUUUGGUACCCGUUCUGACCGAGGGCAAGGCGGACGUUAACGUUAGGAAUGCCAAAGACUUUACGUUGUUACACCAGGCGAUUUUGAAGGAGGAUUCGAGGACUGCAAUAUUUCUGUUGGAUAACGGUGCGGAUAUGAACGCGAAGACAGCAGAAGGUGAAUCCCCACUACAGCUGGCGAUACACUGCCGAUUGCCGGAAGUUGUCGACGCUCUAUGCUUGCGAGGCGUCGACAUGUCCGCCCUGGAUAGGUUGGGCAAUUGUCCGCUGUGGGCGGCCCUCGACUCGGGUCAGGAUAACAUCGGCAGCAUACUCGUGCGUCACGGUGUCGACACGGAUUGUUGGGGCGCCGGGCCCGAAGGUUGCCAACAAACGCUGUUGCACAAAGCAAUCGACGAAAACAAGGAGACGAUCGCGAUUUUUCUAAUUCAAGCUGGCUGUGAUUUGGACUCGCCGAGAAUGCCCGGACCUAGCGGUGAGGGGGGCGACGAGGCUAAGGAUAAGGCGUCGCCGCUGCAUUUGUGCUGUCAAUGGGGCUUGGAUGUUGUUGUGCGGACUUUAAUCGAGCACGAGGCGAAUAUAAAUUGUCAAGACUCCGAUAGAAAAACGCCCCUUCAUGUCGCAAUCGAAAACCAACACGCCGACAUUAUUUCCCUGCUACUUCAAGUACCCAACAUCGAUUUAACACUGCGCGACAAAACCGGACUGAGCCCAUUCGCCGCGGCGCUAACCUACCGAAACAAUAAGGCGGCGAAAUCGAUCCUCGACAGGUUACCCACCGCGGCCGAACAGUUCGACGGCAAAGGUUACAAUUUCCUACAUACGGCAAUAAAGAAAGGCGACAUCGAGAGUUUUCUGUUCUUGUUGUCGAUACACGUCGACGUGAAUUCGCGCAUACAGGACUCCACCUUGACUCCGCCCAUACAUCUCGCCGCUCGCUACAGUAACGAAACGCUCAUGCGCAGUUUGAUACUGGCAGGCGCGCGAGUGGAAGACCGGGACGCCCAAAAGAACACCGCCUUGCACGUGGCGUCCGAGGCGAACAACGCAUCAGUGAUAGCGGCGUUGAUACAGAACAACAUCGAUUACAACGCCUGCAAUAGCAACGGCGACAACGCCUUGCACAUCGCGGUUAGGGAAGGUCAUCUGAACGUCGUCAAGGCGCUCCUGACCGAAUCGCAGAUCGACGCCGAGCACGUCAAUCUGAAAGGCCGCAAUCCACUUCACGAGCUCUGCCGGUGCGGCAAGGAGAACGCGGCCGCCAUAUGCGAGUUCUUCCUCGAAUGCAUGCCCGAAUAUCCGAUCAAUCGGUCGGACGUCGACGGCAACACCCCUCUGCUCCUGGCGUACAUGAAGGGCAACGGGAACCUGUGCCGCGUCCUGGUCAAGGCGAACGCGUGUCUCGCCGCCGAGAAUAACGAUCGCGUCACCAUCUUCAACUAUCAGGUCGCCACCAAGCAGCUGCUGCACAAACUGCUCGAUCAGCUAUCGCAGCAGGUGCCCUGGACGCAGACGGACAUGUGCCAGGAGUGCGGGAAAAACUUCACGAUGACGAUACGGAGGCACCACUGCAGACAUUGCGGACGAAUUCUGUGCAGCAGGUGCUCCGAUCAGGAGGUGCCGAUAAUAAAGUUCGGCGAAAACAAACCGGUACGGGUCUGUAAGAUUUGCUUCGACGUUCUCCGCUUGAGCGCCAGUUAACACGUUUCGUUUUUUGUAAGUAUCAUCGUUUUUUACAAUUUGCAAAUUUUAUAUAACAAAUCGUCGAGAGAUUUAUUGUUUGUUUCCUUAAUCAUUCCAAAAUAUAUAUUUGUACCAUUAUAUAUUAUUAUGUGCAUUAUUAGCUUGUAAUAAAGUGCUUUAUCUAUUACUGAUUG